AUGGCUAUGCCAGAGCGAAAUGGACUCAGAGAUGAAUCAACAAGAUGGAAAUUCCCAAUUCCUUAUAUCCUGUCUGAUACUUUAGAACUAAAUGCAAAAGGUGUUAUUCUCCAGGCCUUUGAAAUGUAUCGUCUAAAGUCAUGUGUUGACUUUAAACCGUAUGAAGGGGAAAGCACAUAUUUAUUCUUUCAGAAGUUAGAUGGGUGCUGGUCUUAUGUUGGAGAUUUUCACGAAGGCCAAAAUGUUUCUAUUGGAGAACGAUGUGAUACCAGAGCAAUUGUUGAGCAUGAGGUCUUACAUGCACUUGGAUUUUACCAUGAGCAAUCUAGAACAGACCGGGAUGACUAUGUCAAGAUAUGGUGGGAUGAAAUUCUUACUGGAAAGGAGCACAAUUUUGUCAAAUAUGAUGACAAAUUUAUUACUGACCUCAAUACCCCAUAUGAUUAUGAAUCAAUAAUGCACUAUAGGCCACUUUCCUUCAACAAGAACGAGAGCGUGCCCACAAUCACAACAGCAAUACCAGCAUUUAAUGAAGUCAUUGGGCAGCGUCUAGACUUCAGUGCUACAGACCUUCUUCGUCUCAACCGAAUGUACAACUGCACCUUCACUCAUACUUUACUGGAUCAGUGCUCAUUUGAACUGAUUAACAUAUGCGGCAUGAUUCAAAGCACAAUUGAUGAUGCUAACUGGAUUCAGGAAAGAGGCACUGCGGACAUGCAGGAUCACACCUUACUUGGAAACUGCAGAGAUGCAGGUUAUUAUAUGUUUUACGACACAUCAGCUGGAAACGACACAAGUGCUAUUCUGGAAUCACGCAUUCUUUACCCCGUGAGGAGUGAGCAGUGCCUGGAGUUUUUUUACAAGAUGACGGGCAACUCAAGUAGCACUUUGAGUCUGUGGAUAAAAACUGAUGACGGGACUGGAAAUGUGCGCAAGAUGAAGAAAGUACAUACGCUCAAAGGUGAUGGUGACAACUCCUGGAAUAUAGCAGUUGUUCCUUUGAAUGCAAAAGUCAAGUUUCGCUAUGUUUUCCAAGGAAUUUCUGGACAUGCUUCGAGUAAAGGUGGUAUCUCUCUGGAUGACAUCAGCCUCACUGAGACCUCCUGUCCUCAUGCAGUGUGGCAUAUAAAAGAUUUUACCAGUAUUCUUAAAAAUAGCACGUAUGAUAAAAUGCUGAGCCCACGGUUUUAUAAUCCAGAAGGUUAUGCAUUUGGAAUCACUCUCUAUCCUAAUGAGAAAAAUAAUUAUACAGGAAUUUAUUUCCACUUGUGUAGUGGAGAAAAUGACAGAAUCCUUGAAUGGCCAGUUGAAAACAGACAAGCCACAGUUACAAUAGUGGAUCAAGAUCAUGAUGUAAAACUGAGAAUGUCAUCCAGCAGGAGCUUUACAACUGACAAUUCUGUUCCCUGGCAUAACCCACGUAAUACUGGAUCAUUUGAUGUCUCAUGUAACUGCUAUAGAGGACAAAGCAUUGGAUGGUCGACCUUUAUGUCACAUAAGGAUAUAUUUCGAAGAAGUUUCUUAAAAAAUAAUGACCUCAUCAUUUUUGUAAACUUUGAAGACCUGACUCCGCUUCUCAAAACAGAAGUGCCCAUUAAGCCAGCAAUGCACAGAGAUACUGAGCCCACUCAUUACAGGGCAAAACGUGCUGCUAAACCCUUGGAAGGCAAUGAACCCUUUCAACCACAACUACUCGCUGAUCCCUGCAGUCCUAACCCGUGUAUUAAUGACGGCCUUUGUGUGAACAGGAAUGGAAAGGCCACUUGCAGGUGUGUUUCAGGACGGACUUUUGCGUAUGCUGGUGAAAGAUGUGAGAUGUCAAAAAUCCACGGAAAUGUUAUUGGACUGCUGCUGGGAGGUGCAGCUGGGCUCAUCACUUUGAGUAUUGCUGUUAUAACAAUUCUAACGAAAAGACGUUAUUAA